CAUAAACGUCACGCAUGAUGCUACAGCUGCAGAUUCUGAAGCGACAUUCGUGAAAUGACCCAAAUGAGAGUCUGAUAUCCCGCUCCGGUUCUGCAGGACACGCGUAUUUACGCCCUUUGAAAUGAGUCAUAUAGAUCGGUGAGAUAGUUUGAUCUAAUGUAGCAUGAGUUUAAACGGCUAACGAGGGCCUGGAUGUGAUGAUGUGGCCUCUUAAAUUAGCUGUCACGCUAAAGUAAAAGUCUAUCGGGUGUUUGUAUGUUGAAUUAAAAUGAUGUAGCCGGAUUAAACGAGUGAAAGCCCGGAGGAAAGGGACAGGCAUUAGCGUUAGGAACGAAUAUGAGGAAAUCACGGAGCGUCGGCGCGUCUUCGCAAUUGAAUGGAUUUGGAAAACAAGAUGCCGAGUCCAGACGGAAGAAGAAGACGGCCGAGAUCGCUCAGGCGCUGAACGUGACGCCUGCGGACGUGGCCACUCUGAGGCGUAUGGCCAUCAGCGAAGGCGGUCUGCUGACCGAUGAGAUCCGCCGUCAGGUUUGGCCCAGGCUGCUCAACGUGUCGGUAGACCAGAUACCUGAAGAGCUAGAAAAGGUAGACCGUGACAAUAACAAGGAUUUCAACCAAGUGCUCCUAGAUGUUCAGCGGUCCCUGCGACGCUUCCCUCCAGGGAUGCCGGACGAGCAGCGUGCGGGUCUUCAGGAAGAGCUGAUCGACAUUAUUCUACAGGUGCUCGUGAAAAACCCUCAGCUGCACUAUUAUCAGGGUUACCAUGACAUCGUGGUGACCUUCCUGCUGGUGUUGGGGGAACGGCUCGCUACUGCCCUGGUGGAGAAACUCUCCACGCAUCAUCUCAGGGACUUUAUGGACCCAACUAUGGACAACACCACACACAUCUUGAACUACCUGAUGCCCAUUAUAGAACGAGUCAACCCCGAAGUUUACGACUUUAUGCAACAGGCUGAAGUCGGCACCAUAUUCGCCCUCAGCUGGCUCAUCACCUGGUUUGGACACGUACUGUCAGAUUUCCGUCACGUCGUUCGGUUAUACGACUUCUUCCUGGCCUGCCAUCCUCUCAUGCCCAUCUAUUUCGCCGCUGUGAUUGUUCUUCACCGUGAGGAGGAGGUGUUGGAAUGUGAGUGUGAUAUGGCCAUGAUGCAUCAUCUUCUGUCUCGAAUCCCAGAAGAUCUGCCGUACGAGACUCUGAUCAGUCGGGCAGGAGAUCUGUUCGUACAGUUUCCUCCAUCCGAGCUGGCCAGAGGGGUCCAUCAGCGCAGUCAGGAAACCGCCGUCUCCACUUUCAAAGACUUUGAGUUGGCGUCCACCCAGCAGCGUCCGGACGUGGUGCUCCGACGGCGAAGAAAAGAGCAGCAGUUACAGCAGCGCACCCUUGAGGCCAAGCACGGUAAAGUCACUGUUGUCCAACCCACGGCGCGACGCUUAAUGAAGCUGGCGGUCAUGGGUCUUACUGUGGCGUUGGGGGCCGCAGCGUUGGCCGUGGUGAACUCGGCUCUUGAAUGGGCCCCUAAACUGGACAUACUCUUCCCUUAAAGAAGCCAAUUAACCACACAGAAUGAUAGCGCAACGUUUGGAAGAGUUUAUAUGAAAGGACCUGUGAAUAUGUCUGCGUUCGUUUGGUUUAUUUGCCUUUUUCUUUCUUUUUUAAGUAUUUAUAUAUGUCACUGAAGUCGGACUAAUAAAUAAUGUGCUCAUAGAAAUUAUAAUCAAACAUGUUGUUUGUCCUUACGAUCGAAGUCUGACAUAUUUUGAGAAAAGCGAAUCGUGAGGCUGUAGACCGAUACUUGGUGGUUGCAGAAUUAUUUUUAGGUAGAUGGUUCGUAAAGACGUUUAACGCUUUAAACAAUGCACUUUAAAAUGUAUGUGCAUAAAAAAACAUUCAAACAAACAUUUAUGUAUAUUGUUUAAAAGUGUAAUCAUACAAACUGAAUGCAACAGUUUACGCAAAAAAUGCAACCGUGUAGGUAAAAGUCAGCUCGCGUUUUAUCGGUUGUUGCGCAAGUUGUUGCAUUCAGUUCAAUGUGCCAUCUUAUGAAGGUUAACGGAUGUUUAACGUAGAAGUUAGUUUUGCUUGCAUUUCUUACGAACAACGAGCCCUAGAAUAUUGAGACCAAAAUAUUUUGUAGAUUUGGCAAUUGAAACUGUUCAGAACCCUUUAAAUGCAGAAAAGUUUGUUUUGUGUAGUAUGUUAGUUACACACAAAUAUAUGCAGUAAAAUGGGAAUGAACACCAAUCUUUUUAUUAUGCUCACAAUUUAUAUGUUCAUGUUUUUGCUUCAUUUUUUCUUAAAACGUCCUUAAUUACAGUUUAUUUUUUAUUUUUAGCAAUGAUGCUUGCUCUUAUAGUCAGUUUUUGUGUAACUCCAGAUAAGAGCGUCUACCACAAUACCACAAAAACAGCAUUUCACUACAGUAACAUCAAGUGGUUCUUUUUCAUGGUCCUUUCGUCUUUGUUAUUUCAUUAAUGUAAAUAUAUUAUUUAAAUAACAUGCCAUCCGCGCAGAACUACUGUUUAUAAACACAUAAUUGCUCAUGCUUUUAUUUUGCACUAAAGAACAUGUUUCUUGCUUGUUGUUUUGCACAGAUUCUUAUGAAUUGUCUUUAAUUGUGUCACAUUUGACCAUGUUGAUUUAA